AUAAGAGCACAAACGGUUUUGAAAUGUGUGCAUGUUCCUGUAUGAUGGAGGAUCUGGCUGUUUUGAACCUGUUGGAGUGUCCUUUGUGUAUGGAGCCUUUGGAGGAGUCUGCCAAGGUCUUGUCGUGCCAGCACACGUUCUGCAUGGCAUGCCUUCAGCAGCAGGAGGCUUCACACCCUCAUCAGAUGUGCUGAGCUGCUGUUCCAGGAUCAGUGCAGGAGCUCCCGACCAACCCGCUGCUACUGAGACUCCUCGAGAGCCCCCAGGAGCGGGGUCCGCUGGGCACGCCGAGGGACAGAUCCGUCAGAUAUAUCAGCUCUGCAGUCCAGGAGGAACUUUUAAGCAGUUACUUUCAAGAUCUGCCCAAACGGGGUGCAAGCUCAAGCUUUAUAUGACUUCCAGGGUAACGCACCUGGCGAGCUCACGAUGAAGUCAGCUCACAUCAUUUACCUGCGCUGGAGAGUGGAGGAUAACUGGUGUUACGGCGAAGGCAAAGACAGCAGCGGUCUGGUUCCAGUGGAUGUGGUGAGGGUCAUCAGCGAGCAGCCGCAGCCGCUGGCCCUCUGCAGAGCACUUUACGACUUCAGUGCUAACAAUCUGGAUCCAGGGGACAGCAAGGAAUGCUUAACCUUCUUCAAGGGAGACAGCAUUACUCUUAUCAAACAAGUGAAUGAAAAUUGGGUUGAAGGUAAACUUGGAGACAAAGUUGGGAUUUUUCCUUUGCAGCUCACUGAGCCAAAUCCGGCGGCGUACGAGCUUCUGGAGAAACGCAAAAGGAGGGACUCUGUGGAAUCGCACCCACGGAGCGGAGGCAGGGUCAACACCGAUGCUUGGGUCCCCAGCCGGAUCGCUGGAGCGUCUCACAAGUCGGCCUGGCCUCUAAAUGUCAGUCUCCUGAACAGCCAGAACUAUCCUCACAUCAGCUCCAGCGCUCAACUCGCCACAUUUAACAAGCCACGUCUGAGGAGCUCUCGCAGAAGCUUGCCUAAGAGAAACAGAACAAUGAACGGUGAAAGUCCGCCGACCAUCCCCAUGGCACUGAUUAACCCUCCGGCGUCCCCCCUGCCGUCAGAGAGCAAGAUGUCUGCCACCCAGCAGCUCUCCAUCAGUGUGUGUGCUGCGCUGUAUUCCUACACACCUCAUCGCUCUGAAGAGCUGGAACUGAGGAAAGGUGAAAUGGUGGGGGUUUAUGGGAAAUUCAAAGAGGGCUGGCUGCGUGGACUGUCUCUCAGAACAGGCAAAGUAGGGAUCCUGCCAGCCAACUAUGUUACACCUGUGCUAAGAACAUCUGCAAGUUUUCUUGAACAAACCAAACCUGCCGUUCCUAAUACAAGCACAGUAUCAACACAACGCCACACCCCACACAAGCCGCAGGCUGUUGUCCUGGCCCUAGACCGAGUAAACGCCGACACCCCUUCAGCUACAAUGGAUGUAAUGUCAUCUGCCAGUCCCGGGCGAGCGCCGCAGCUGGGUGGAAAGCAGGGAUGGAGCACAGUGAGACGCGCCCUCCACGCCACACACAGGGGCUUGCCUCAUCACGGAAACUACAAUUCAAAUUCCAUCGUAAGCCUUCAGCCUGGGCAGAUCUAUACUUUUGGUCGCUCACCUGUGCUUCCCAAAAAGAGAAACGGUUUGUUCUCGAACCCCAUCAAGGCGCAGCAUUGGGCAUAUGAAACCACAGCUCCCUCUGCUGCUGGAUAUCAAACGGUCAGCAGGGACCCGGUCCAGAAAGAGGCCACCACAGCGCCUCAGUCCAUUCUGGUCAAACCAGACACUCAUAAGCACAAUACAGAGAAGCCAGUAAAGUCAGUGCGGUUCCUGACUCACGAUGCUCCUCAGACAUCAAAAACAGCAUCCACCUCACCUGCAGGACAAAUCUCUAGUUCCCAGCCUGGUCUUUCGGCUCUAGACCACUGGAACCCUUCAGCCAUCUUGGGUCGGGAUGGAAGUACAUUAGUUUUUAAAGACACAAAAACACCCGCACCCAGAAAGAGCACAGGCCCUGCUUCUAUGGACUGCCUCUCGCUAAAUAUGAAGCCAGUACUGAUCAACAACCAGCCCGGCUCUAACAGAUUUAGGGUAAUGAAAGGUUACAACGCUAAAGCAGAGCUCACGCUGACGGAAGGAGAAAUAGUCGUCGUUCAGAGGCCUCGAGCGGACGGAAGGAUUCUCGUGACCCAGGAGAUCAGUGGAAAAACGGGCCUUUUCCACAGCAGCGUCCUGGAAAUCCUAGACAAAGUGCUUUGAGUGCCACAGUUUCUUCUGCACACGUUCUUCGUCCAGCGCUGUGUUUAUAGUCACACCGUUUUAGCCUGUUGUGUCACAAACCUAAAUUAAAAGCAAUAUCCUGUGUACUUAGACAAAUCACGUAUUGUUUCAUGCACACCCACUUGGCACAAAAACUAGGUUUUUCUUCAUCAUUAGUCAGUUCUGACAGAUAAGCGUGCCUUUUUGUAUGUUGAUUCACUGUUUGCACUUUUAGAUGUGGUGAGAGGUGGGGAAGUUUGUUCAUUCUAGGAAACGAAUGAGUAUCUUUGACUGUUGGAUAAAGGGAGGCCUAAUGAUGACUUGCUCAAGGUUGUCUGUUUCACGCACAAAAUCCUGUCGUCUCAAUACAGUAAUGGUGGAUUAGUUUUGUUGUAUAAAACGUCAUAGCGGCUAUAUCCUGACGAUGCAAUUCUUCAGCGUUCCUGUUCUCAGUCCCUUUUUUGGGGGGAAAAUCGGGAAACUAAUAAUGAUAAUAAACAUAAAGAGUUCAGAAUUUUCUACCGAUUGGGCUUUUUUUGUGUGCUUUGCAUUGAAUUGGAUUUAGGACUGAUGUUAUUGUUUGCAUUAAAAACAUUUUAUCCUUUUGCACAUAAACUGAGUAAUAUACAACAGCAGCCACUUCACAUUAAUUGUGUGUCAUAUCAGAGAAUACAGACUGAAGCAGGAUAAAAAAAAUACAAAUGAUUCAGUAACAAUGGGAUUAACACUGGUAAUAAUAAACAUUUCAGAUUGAGAAAAGGAUGAUAAGAAUAUUAAAUUAUU